GGCCCUUCUCAGGGCCACCAGGUCAGGCAAAUCAACAAAAACAACUACGAACAUAGCGGAAACGGCGCAUAUCAACAAAUGAUGCGUCGUCCUAUGGCCAUGGGUCGUCCUACUGCUUAUCGAAUGACCCGUCCAGCCGGCCCCGUAUCGAACCAACAAAGGCCCCUCGACAUCAGACCCCACGAACGCGGCCCUUAUCAGGGCCACAAGAAUAGGCAAAUUAACUACAACUAUGCCGCCUACAAACAGAAAGUAAAUGGUCUAUCUCCACUAAUAAUGCGUCGUCCUAUGACCAUGGGUGAUCCUAGUCAUAAUCAAGUGAGGCGUACAGCCGUUCCUGUACCGGACAGAAAAACUCUACUUCACCAGAGUCCAGCUUCCUCGAACUUCGAAGUAGACAGGGCUCUGAAGGAAAUGAUCAUUAUGAAAGCAAAAUUUUCGCCUAUUGUUCCCAUUUCGGGGUUGGAUAUUAACAAAAAAAAAUUUAUCUUCCAUCAUCCUAAAGCAACGUGUCUUGUAGAUCAUUGA